AUUCUUACUAGAAAUAAACAACUGUUUUUUUGUUUCAUAACUUUGUUAUUAUCGAAUUUUAUAAUACCACGUGUUAUUAAUGUUAAUCAACGAAUGACGACUUUUGGAACGCAAGGGCAGAGAUACUAAUGAAGUAUCAUCGAACAACAAUCGUUUAUUUUCGUCUACAUUCAACAACUAACGAUAUUGUUAUGCAUAUUACUACAUUAAAUAUUUACAAUGUGAUUAAUCCACGGUCGAACAAAGAAAAGAAAUGUUCGAGUUAAACAUUUUAGUAUCCUUUUAUUGCCUCGCAACUGUUGCUGUUUUCGUGGACACAUCAGUAGUAAACAACAAUUCUUUUUGCGUAAUUAAAGAUCCUGUUUUUCAAGUUUUCAAUUACAAUUUCACCAGUCUUUCGGAUCCUACAAAAGAUACUAUUUUAAAUGAUGAUUAUUUAAAUGAAACUGUGAGAAUGCAGCUAUGUAUUCCAUUGAAACAAAAAUGCAAUGGAAAGGAUGGUUAUGGAAUCUGUAUGACACGUAACAACACAGAAAUAGGAAUAGGAAAGAUACCUCCAAAAGUGAAUGUAAAAAAUGGGAGAAUACUAUUUGUAUUUACAGGGGAUAAUUGUACACAAACAGAGAACUAUACUGUAAAUAUUAUUAUGAAGUGUGAUUACGAAGCUGGAAAUAAUCCUCAUCAUGAAUUAAUUUCUCAUACAGAGGACCAAUGUCAAUUAUAUAAAGUCUGGAAGACUGCUCUUGCUUGUGCUCCUCCAACUGUACAAAAUUGUACAGUAAUAGAUAAUGGAUUCCAUUAUGAUUUAUCUCCUUUAACAAGAUAUUCAGAAAAUUAUGUUAUUCGUGUGGGUACUGAGUUGUUGCCAAAAAUUAUAUUAAACAUUUGCCACUCCGUGAUAUUUGAAUAUAAUGCCUUGUGUCAAAUGCGUUCAGGAGCUUGCUUACAAAAAAAUACUGAUUCAUCAAAACUUGGAUAUACAAAUUUGGGUGAUGUAACACACCCACCAUUUAUGGAAAAUGGUAGAUUAAAACUUGAAUAUCAAGAUGGAGAUAUGUGCACAAUGAAAAAUAUUUCUGUACCACACAUUAAAACCACCAUUUAUUUUAUGUGUGAUUUCAAUGCUGUGGAUACAAUUCCAGAGUACAUUGGGGGGAGUGAAGAGUGCCAUUACCAAAUAAUAUGGAAAACAGCAGCAGCUUGUAGCAUAGAAUCUUUGCGUAAUCAUAGUGUAAUAACUGCUGGCAAAUGUACAGUAACUAAUCCUCUUACAAAUUUUACAUAUAAUUUGCAAUCUUUAACUCACGCUGACUAUGACGUCACCGCUCAAAAUGGUAUACAGUAUAAAUUUGGAGUAUGUAAAUCGCUUGAUGACAUGAAAUGUUCCUCUGAAACAGGAGUUUGCCUUACCAAAAAUAGUACAUCUAUAGGAAAAUUUAACACAAAUUUAAUGUGGCAAGAGGGUGGACCAUAUUUAAACUAUACAGAUGGGGAUUUAUGUGAAAAUGGGCGUCAUCGUUAUACAGUUAUUGCGUUCGUAUGCGGAGCAGAAGGAGCUUCCAAUAAACCACUUGUCAUGGAACAAAGUCCUUGCCAAUUAAUUAUACAUUGGAGCACCAAUUUAGUCUGCGAAAAAAGGAUAAAAUGUGCUACAACUGACAAUGAGAUAAAUUUAAGUUCAUUGAUCAAAUCUACUGGUAAUUAUAUCGUGAAAGUGGACAAAAAUACAGAGUUUCAUAUAAAUAUAUGUCGACCAUUAGUAUCUGUCCCAGGAUUAACAUGCGCUCACGGCAGUGCAGUAUGCAAAGCAUACUUGAAUUUGGAUAACGAGUACGUAAAUGAAGUUAGUUUAGGGUUUCCAAAAGAAAGUCCGAUAUUAGACUCAAAUCGGGAAACAGUGUUACGUUAUAUAAGCGGAUCACCUUGCCCUGAGAAUCCAAAUAAAUUAAUUUCUUCAAACUUCACGUUUCCAUGUCGUUACAAUGAUAAGGGAUCUCCAGAAUUUAAAAGAUACGAAAAUUGUACUUACGUUUUCGAAUGGAAAACGAGUCUAACAUGCGGGGCUGUAAUGGGAAAUUGGGCCUCUCCUUGCAUUAUAAAAGAUCAAUUACUUUCACAAGAAUGUAACCUGUCUUUGUUACAUAAAGAUAAAAAAGUAUACCGUGUGAAAAACAAGCAAGGGAAAGAGUAUAGUAUAAGUAUAUGUGGUGAAGAAAAGUUCUGCAGUGGUUCUGCCGUGUGCCAAGGCAGCAAAGGUUAUGGAUCCUUGGCCAAUGUAAUUUUUGAUUAUGCCAGAGAUCUUAUAAAACUUCAGUACUCCAAUGGUGAUAAAUGUGUAAAUAAUUUCUAUACAUCUGAAGUGCGAUUUAUAUGUAAUAAUUCUGUGGGGAUUGGCGAACCAAAGUUAUUGUGGGAAUCGCAAUGUAGCGUAGAAUUCGAAUGGCAAACGAGUGUUACUUGCACUUGCAAAUCGAGUCCUAGCGAUCCUACCACGUCGUCAAACACCCAUGGAAACGUUGAAGAUUUUUCUUCUAGUCAUACUGGCACGGUAGCAGGUAUUGUAUUGGGAGUCAUCGUACUGGUAGCAGCGCUGCUUUAUUUUCGAGAUCCAGAUAAGCGAGCGUGUUUACGUUCCUGCUGGAAUCCAUUUUCUUCGAGAAGAGGCAGUGGGCGCGUUCAGUAUUGCAGGGUCGACACCACGGAGGAGGCAUGUCUUCUUCUCGAUGUUGAUCCUACACAGUGUCAGACGGACAGUGAUGACGAUCUGUUGAACGCAUAGUCACAUCCCGCUGUUGUUAUCUUUCUACACCUCACUUUAUCUAAGUCCAUAACUUAUACGAGAAAAAUUGAUCGAACGCAUAUAGCAUAAUUUUUGUUUCGUUUAUUAUGACCAUUGUUCGGAUCGGAUGACAUUAAUUCGAACUUUGUUAUUGCGAUUCUGUGCCAUUAAAUAUUAUAACCAUUCAUAAACAUUACAUAACUCUGAGAAAUUACUUCAGUUGAUGAUUGUUUGUUAUUCCUCAAGCUGGGCUUGUUGUGUACAGACACACAAACGAAAUUUGUCGCCUCUCGAAUGCAAAGGAUUAAAAAGUUCCUAUCUAUACUAUUCAAUCGUUUAUACGGGACAAUUAGAAAUUUAUCGACAAUUUUGAUUUUACUUUUUAUACGGGUUAAUUAAAACGAUUUACAUUGAAUACAUCGUGUCUUCCGACUCGUGAUUCAGCGAAUUUGAACUUUUUUUUAUCAUUUCCAUCAAUUUUUCUUUUAUAGUUUUCUGUAAAAGUAAUACACAGAUUUCUAUGUUUUUUUAAUAAUUUUUUUUUUUUAUUAUAUUAUACAAGCAUUCCAGUGUGUUUUCGUUUAUCACGUGACUAAAUAAAGGAAAAUGACGUCUAAUAUUUCCUAUAUUAAUUUACGAUCUAUACUACGUUAAUUUCGAACAGGUUGUCCUAUUUUUAGGUUGUCUCUUUAAUAAAUUAUUUAUCUUCAAAUUUAUUUGAUUAUUAAAGUAAAUUUUUGAAAUUGAUCAUAAAAAUGUCUUCGUUUACAACAAUCUGCUCACAUUACGUCACUUUCGAACAACUCAAACUGGGGGCUUGAAAGCUUUUUCGAAAGUGGAAAGAAAUUUUGAUCACUUUAUUUUCAUAAUAAAUUAUUUUUUUAAUUAUGUUAAUAGUGAUUAUAGCCAUAAUUUCUAAGAAAACUACAAAUGUACGCUGUGUACGAAGCUCGAAUGCUUUGUGAAAUAGCCAGAUAUAAGAUCGACUAAAUUUGUAAUGAUUUAUAUGUAAUAAUUUAACGUGUAAAUUAUUGGAUAGCAGAGUUUGGCUGUCUUGUUGUAUCCUUGUAACUAUAUAAGUAUGUAAUUUGUAAGAAUGUACUUAAUGUGUAUAUGAAACAUUUCAAAAAUUGUAAAAUCUCUAAGUAAUACACUUAUUACUUACGAAUCCUUCAACUAUGCAUUCCCUUUCCAUUUUAUAUUAGGUGUAUCUAUCGAACAAUUCCCUCUCUCGACACGUAUGAUUCGAUCAGUGGAUCAGUGGACUACCAGUGAUCGAUACUUACCUCAGUGAGUAGUAUAAAAAACUGAUCUCCCCCGCUUUUUGCCACCCUUAUUUGUACAAUCCAUCCGUCUAUUUCAAUUCAAAUUUAUCUUCGUAAAAAAGAAAGUAGCGAAGUAGAACGAAACCGACAAAAUCCAUAACGACAGCAAUUGAUUUUUAUGACGGCACUACUGUAUUGAUAUAAUACAACAAAUUUAUUUUCACAUAGUAUGUCGUUAUAAUAUGUAUAUAUAAUCUGGACAUUAAAAUUAAGAUACACGAAGGAAAAUCAUCCCUAAACGUGUCACAUCCGAUCUCAUAAUUACAAUGCUCUCUCUCUCGUUCUCGCUUUCUGUAUCACUCUGUUUCUAAUCGAUAGAAAAUAAUAACGAAAUCGCGUUAUUCUCAACAAAUUCUAUAUCCAUAAAAUGCAAAUGUGAAAUUCGAGGAAAGAAGAGUGUUCGUCGAGUUCGUCACUAAACAAAUAAAAAAAAAAAAGAAAA